AGGAACGAGCGAACGAUAUAUUUUCCAAUGUACAUACAAAUGCCAGCAUCCUGAGGUACUAUACACGAUGCAUCUCGUAUUAACCAUUUAUUGUAUUAAAAAUGCGAAAAAAUUGUAAUGGUAGUAUUAUUUUUGUAAGUAGCCUACGGCAUUGUUUUGAAAAUAAACUAAACUUGUUUGACUCAGUUACAUUUACCAUUUACGAUAGUCUCGACAAACUGUGAUCUAUAGAUUCUUCGAAUAGACAUGGAAGGGUACAUCUUCGCCGGCGACGUCGCCAGAUUGGACCCAGGCCAACGCACAGGUUAGAUUGUUAUAUAUAAUUCUGACACGUAUGACAAUUUUAAUUAUUGUUUCAAUCUCAAAUCUUUUAUGAUAGGAUUGUAAAAAGUCUCUCGUUCACGCAGAAGCUGUGAGUAAAAUAAUAAAAGAGAGCGUAAGAAAAAACCGUGUCAUCAAGUACGGCUCUUGUUUAAUUUGAUAUGGCAACAGAUUAGCUGGAAUCAUAAGUUAUCCAGAAAUUCGUAAAGUACUUAUAUAUCAUUAUAGAAACAAUAUAAGAAUGGAGCAUGUUAACGAUGAAAUGCAACUAUGCAACUGUUCGCGGCGUUGGCAUACGUCAGAGAGGAAGGAGAAGAGAGAACGAAAGAGAGAAUCGUGUUAGUGGUGUGGUUGUUUGUCAAAUUCGGUUCAGUUCAGUAGCGGUGCAGGCUUUGCGCCAAGCACGCGUACAUGUACAUGUGAGUCCGUUCAAUCCGUUGACGCGUGCUUCUACCGAAAACUAAACCUAAUUUAUAGAAUGUGACAGCGAUAUUAUUUGGCACAACAGUGAUAUUAUUUAGCCGAAGAGAGAAGGAACGAUCACGCGAUUAAAACACGAAUGUUCGUACGAAAUGAAAAUACUACGUUAACAAUUAAAGAGACGGACGACGUCGCAUUCUUGCCCCUCGAGUUGAAAAUAUCCCAGUUAGAUCAUUCCCAAACGAAAUAGAUGGUUGAGUAAUAAACUGGUUUCGAAUGGAUUUGGAUGGAUAAUCUAUGUACGAUGAUAACGCUUUCACAUGUAUGGGAGUAUCUUUUUCAUUCAAAAGUUCGCCUGGCACGAACGAAUUUUACUGUUCGACGUCGGGGAAUGGAGAAGCACGUGUCUUUCUGGGAAACAGGCGCGUGUCCCAGAAAGUAAACGCUGAUUCAAUUUACCGUUGGCAGCUAGAUCAUUGGCUGCCACGAGUAUUUAGUGAUGAGGAGAAAUACUUUCGACGAGCGCGUACAUCCAUACAAGAUGUUACGUUGCGAUUUCUCUGCCGCAUUAGCCGCGAAGCUAUUCUUGCACACAUUAAGUCGAACCGAAAGCGAGAGGGAGAGUAUGUAUCAUCAGAGUGGACGUUACACAUCACGUGUCGUCCACAAUUGACCCAUCCUCAGCCUCUUUGCCACAAUAAUUUCGCGUGGCAUCGGUUUAACGCGACCAUUAGCUCGUUGGCUCCUCGCGGCCAUCAUCGUUACACAACUAAAAGACGGCUGCUGUCAAUUAUUAAAUAGCGUCUUCGAGAUCAACAGCGGGACAAUAACUGAUGGGAGAAUUAUUUUUAGACUUAGAUAGUGGGUGCUCGAACGACACGUGCCUUAUUCGAAGAUCUACGAAUCGGUCGAACGAUCCUGCAGUCAGAAAGAUCCUUGGGUCGCCCGGCUUCUUCGACGAUUCACUCUGUGUACAGGGAACAACCGAUUCAUUCCGAGAUUAUUUAUUACAUCUGUUCAGUGAUCUUUAAGUGAUUGUAAUUAGUCUGUUCUCGAAAGGGGCUCUCGAGACGAUAAACUACUUGAACGAUAAGCCACUCGUUAGUCAAGCACGCGGAUUGUUUUCACUUACUCGAUAUAUAGAUCUAGCUUCUUCGCGCGUGUAGUUUCGUUUUCAAGGAUUUAUUUGAGUGGAGAGUUAAUGCGGGGCAUCGAGGAAGAUGGACUCGAGCAGUGUCAAGACGAAACCGAAUCCACGGGAAAGGGCCACCUUACUGUCGGUGCUGUUAUGGUGGUGGACGAUAGAUCUGUUCAAGACAGGCUACAGGAAAAUUCUGCAAACGGACGAUCUCUAUAAUCCUCUGAAGACCGAUCGUUCGCACGUUCUCGGGGACCGAUUAGAAAAACGAUGGAGAAUCGAAGUGGAGAACGCGAAGAAGCAGAAAAGACAGGCCAGUUUACUGAGAGCUAUUUUUCGUACCUUCCUAUGGGAAUACUCGCUGCUCGGCUUGAUGCAGAUAUUGAACGAAUUUAUUAUCCGCUUAGGGACGCCGAUGCUGCUCGGAGGACUUCUACGGUAUUUCAAGAAGGGUACGACCGAAACGUACGAGGCCGCUCUACUUUAUGCAGGCGGGAUUUGCAUAGCAACGGCCGUGAACGUUGUCACGCUGAAUCAGGCGAUUUUCGGCGCGUUCCAUGUCGGCGCUAGAAUUAGAGUCGCUACCUGUUCCUUAGUUUACCGGAAGGCAUUGAGACUCAGUAAGACGGCGCUGGGAGAGACUGCGCCCGGGAAGGUGGUCAAUCUGGUAGCCAACGAUGUAAAUAGAUUCGAUCUCGUUUCCAUUUUUAUUCAUCAUAUGUGGUCCGCACCACUUUCAGCAAUCAUCAUAGCAUACUUCCUCUAUACCGAGGCUGGAUACGCCGGACUAAUUGGCAUAGCUGCGGUAUUCGUAGUCGUCCCGAUUCAAUCGUACACGGGAAAGCUGUCUUCCAUCUUCCGUCUGCAGACGGCCAUAAAAACCGACGAGCGUGUACGCUUGAUGGACGAGAUAAUAUCGGGAGUUCAAGUGAUCAAAAUGUACGCUUGGGAGAAACCGUUCUGCGCCCUCAUCGAGACCGCCCGUAAAUUGGAAUUGCGAGUGGUGAUCAAGAGCGCGUACAUCAGGGGUAUCUACAUGACGUUCAACCUGUUCACCACGAGGAUGGCGCUCUACUGCACCCUGAUCAGCAUGCUGCUGUUCGGGAACGAGUUGACCGCUGACAAGGUGUUCGUGUUCUCCUCGUACUUCAAUAUUCUCGCACACACCAUGUCUGGGAUGUUCGUAAGAGGAUUCGCAGAGAUCGCUGAAUGCAUGGUGUCCGUCAGGAGGUUGCAGCACUUCAUGAUGUACGAGGAGUUCGAAGAGAAUCGACUCAGCUUCGGGAAACUCGCGGCCAGCUUAAACGGGAGCAUCAACAGCGUGUCGAAGCAAGCUUCGAACAGGACCUCGAAACACGAUAUACCGUACAUCGACGACGAGGUGGAAGGCUACGAGAACUUGGACGAUUCCUCCGAGAAGAGGCGACACAACGGUCUAGUGGUCGUCGCUAGCGAUCUGCUGAUGAACACGGCGAAUCUCGUUGAAGAAAAGAAACGGUCUUCGAUAGCGAGCGACGAACCGUACGCCGUGAAGAUGAGUAACCUGACAGCGAAAUGGGAACCGAGCCAAUCGGAGAAUACUCUCGAGGUCCCCAACUUGGAGAUAAUUAAAGGAAAGAUAUAUGCGGUAAUUGGCAUGGUGGGCGCUGGGAAGAGUUCGUUCCUGUCCGCGAUUCUCGGAGAGGUAGACGUGACGGGAGGAUACGUGAAAGUAAAUGGUACUGUUAGCUACGCUGGACAGGAAUCUUGGGUUUUCGGGUCCACCGUUAGACAGAACAUUCUUUUCGGGCAGCCGUACGAUCGGCACCGAUACCAGAAAGUCGUCAAAGCUUGUUCCCUUCAGAGGGACUUCAAGCAGUUCACGCAGGGUGAUCAAACCGUCGUCGGAGAGAGGGGUAGCUCCUUGUCCGGGGGACAGAAGGCUAGGAUCAAUUUAGCUAGAUCGUUAUACAGACAGGCGGACAUUUACUUGUUAGAUGAUCCAUUGAGUGCUGUCGAUACUCAUGUCAGCAAGCAUUUGUUCGAAGAGUGCAUUCAAAGAUAUUUGGCCGGGAAGACGAGGAUCUUGGCUACUCAUCAAUUGCAGUACGUGAAGAACGUAGAUGCCAUAAUAGUUAUAGAUCAGGGAAAAAUCACGUUGUUUUCUCAUUAUCAAGAUCUGUUGAGUCAACGACCGGAAUACGCCGAGUUGUUGGCGGCAGAGUCGGAAAUGAACGAGGAUAGCUCUUUGGAGAAGAGUAUUAUGAGAAGGCAAUUUUCCUCGUCGAGCACCAGAAGUCGAACACCAGAAGCGAGCACCGGGGGAACGGACGACGAAGAGGAGGACGAGGACCCUGAGAAAUUAGUCGACGGGUUAGAGGGAACGUCCCGCGGGCUGGUCAAGGGGCCAAUAUUCCUGAAGUACUUCAAAACCGGUGCCAAUAUAUGUCUGACCAUUCCUCUGCUCUUCCUAUUUAUAUUUACACAAUUCAUAGCCAGUCUUAACGAUUAUUUCGUCCCUAUUUUAGUCAACGAAGAAGAAACGCGACACUUCCAAUUGGCGCAGGCUGAGCUGAACGCCACUAAUAAUACCUCUAUCGACGAUUUGGGCAUUUCGUCUGUGUACGAUUACAUAUAUGUCUACACAGCCAUAGUCGUCGGUCUGUUCUGCAUCGGUAUUACCAGAUCGUUGACCUUUUACAAAGUGUGCAUACUCUGCAGUCAAAAGUUGCACGACAUGGCGUUCAGCGCUCUGAUUAGAACGGGAAUGUCGUUCUUCGAUGCGAACCCGAGCGGUCGCAUCCUAAACAGAUUCUCCAAAGACAUGGGAGCCAUCGACGAACUCUUGCCAAAGGCUAUACUCGACGCCGGCCAGAUAUGCAUGAUGAUGUUCGGAUCGUUGACGGUGUCGUGCAUCGUCAACCCUCUUUUCUUGAUCCCCAUAGUGUUUCUAGGCACGGUGUUUUAUUGGAUACGGAAAGUGUUUCUGAAGACUAGCAAGAACAUCAAGCGAAUGGAAGGAAUGACCCGGUCCCCAGUGUUCACGCAUCUGAAUGCUACUUUGAACGGACUAGCUACCAUAAGAGCGUAUCGAGCUCAGGAAAUACUUCGUAAGGAGUUCGACAAACUGCAAGACGUUCACACGUCCACCGUUUACAUGUACGUGGUAGCGAGUACAGCCUUCGGAUUCUCAUUGGACAUCUUCUGCUUCGUGUUCACGUCUCUGGUCACCUUCAGUUUCCUUCUGUUGCAAGAAUCGUUCUCCGGUGGCGAGGUGGGUUUGGCCAUCACCCAGGUAAUGGCUAUGACCGGGAUGAUUCAGUGGGGCAUGAGACAGAACGCCGAAGUCGCGAAUCAGAUGAUGUCCGUGGAACGCGUGCUGGAAUACACGCAGAUCGCGCCCGAACCGAAUCUACGCGACAGAGGAAAGUUUGCUAAGAAGACCGAGACGCAAGACGCGCUUCCCGCGAACGCGCCCAAGAACUGGCCCACCAACGGGAUGAUCAGGUUCAGGAACGUUUACAUGCGAUACACGGAUGACGAUCCUCCGGUACUCAAGGGAUUGAACAUCGUCAUUAAUUCUGGAGAAAAGAUUGGUAUAGUUGGAAGAACCGGGGCUGGGAAGUCGUCCUUGAUAUCGGCUCUAUUCAGAUUAGCCAAAGUCGACGGAGCCAUCGAGAUCGAUGGUAUAGAUACCGCGUCGAUCUGUUUAGAAGAUUUACGUCGCAACAUAUCGAUCAUUCCGCAAGAUCCAGUUCUGUUCUCCGGCACGCUGAGGCGCAACCUGGAUCCCUUCAACGAGUUCUCGGACAAAUCGUUGUGGGAAGUCUUGGACGAGGUGGAGUUAAAGGAUGCCGUAGUUACUGCCGGUACGGGACUGGAAAGUCGCGUUUUGGACAGAGGCAGCAACUACAGCGUUGGCCAGAGGCAAUUAGUAUGCUUGGCGAGAGCUAUUUUGAGAAACAAUCGAAUAUUGAUGCUCGACGAGGCUACCGCGAAUGUGGAUCCACAAACCGACGCUCUGAUACAACACACGAUACGAAUGAAGUUCGCGAAAUGCACCGUCCUUACCGUCGCGCAUCGAUUGAACACGAUUAUGGACAGCGAUAAGGUGUUAGUCAUGGAUAAGGGUCGCAUGGCGGAAUUCGAUCAUCCGCAUAUUCUACUACAAAAUAGUUACAGCCACUUCACUUCGUUGGUGAGGGAAACCGACCGUGCUAUGUAUGAUCAAUUAGUGAAGGUAGCCAGGCAGUCUUACAUAGCCAAAUACGGGGAACGAUGAUCGUAGGUAGAGCGCGUGCAAUUCGAAAGCGAAACUUCAUUAGUUGGUUAGUCCUAUCAAGUAUUAUUACGAGUUUCGAACGUAAGACAACAAUGGAACGAACGUGUGUAUUUGUAUCUUCGAUAAGUGAUGACGAUCAUCUUCGAUUCUACAGAGUACCUACUUAUCAAACAAACGCGCUGCUGCGCGGCGCGCUUUCGAGUACUUAUAUUUUUUUACUCACACUUUUACACCGUCGGAAACCCGUUUAUUGAAAUUGCAAUAGUUUCGUACGCUCGCCUUAAUACCAAAUAAACGAUUUAGAAGGGGUAAGAGUUUUUAUCGUUUAAGCGAUAUGUAUAUUAAUUGUACAAUUGCGAUCGCCUCCUGUACAUAUGUACCGGAAUGCCAGGCGACCGCGUCACGUACUUCAAACGGAAAUUGUACUUUCUUAAAACUAUAUCGUUUUACAGAUAUAGCCCGUGUAACGUGCUUGAUGCACGUGCCUAUCUUGUAUUAGAAAAGUAAUCGUAAGAACAGUGAUACACGUUUCCCUACUUUCCGGAGAUUAUCACGUUGUUAUACUUUUUACCUACACUUAUAUGUUUACCGAUCUUUAUUGUAUCGUACCGAACUGUGAAUAAAACUAUUUACUUUUGUA